AUGAGAGCAGCAAUUCUGGCAACUUGCACUUUAAAUCAGUGGGCUAUGGAUUUCACAGGUAAUUUUCAGAGAAUAUUAGAGAGCAUAAAACAAGCAAAAGGAAAAGAGGCUGGUUACCGUACAGGCCCUGAAUUAGAAGUUACAGGCUACAGCUGUGGUGAUCACUUUUAUGAAAGUGACACAUUUUUACACUCAUGGGAAGUGGUUGCUGAAUUGUUGAAGCAUGAAGAAUGUCAAAAUAUUAUUAUUGACGUUGGUAUGCCUGUCAUGCACAAAAAUGUUGCCUAUAAUUGUCGAGUGAUAAUACUAAACAAGAAGAUUCUUUUAAUACGCCCCAAGAAAAAAUUAUGCGAUAAUGGUAUUUAUCAUGAAACUAGAUGGUUCACUGGAUGGACCAAACAUCAAACUGUCGAAGAGUUUUAUCUUCCUAAAAUAGUUCAGGAUAUUUCCAACCAGAGAACUACUCUCAUUGGCGAUGCGGUUAUCCGUACAGAAGAUACAUGUAUCGGUUUUGAAAUAUGUGAAGAACUGUGGAAUCCAGAAAGUUCCAACAUUUAUCACUUUUAUGAUGGUGUAGAAAUAAUGGUUAAUUCAAGUGGGGGAUUCCAUGAAAUCGGGAAAACUAAAAUAGCGAUGGAUGUUAUUAAAACAGCAACAGCUAAAUGCGGAGGUGUUUAUUUGUUUUCUAAUUUAAGAGGAUGCGAUGGCGAAAGGAUGUUUUUCCAUGGAACAUCACAUGUUACCUGCAAUGGAAAGAUCAUUUCAAUAGGGAAGCAAUUUUCUCUGAAAGAUGUUGAGGUUGUCACUGCUGCAGUUGAUUUGGAUGAUGUCACAACGUAUAGAAAACAUAUUCGCAGAUCGACUUCAAUGACAGAUUCACACCCGGUUAUUGAAGCAAAUUUUGCUAUCACAACACAAAACUUCUCCAUAUUAGCUACGCCUCACUGCAGUGAGUUAAAUUGCUAUAAAGAAGGAGAAGAAAUCGCUCUUGGCCCAGCUUGCUGGUUGUGGGAUUAUUUGAGGAGAAGUGGAUUAAACGGUUUGUUUUUAAGUCUGGAUGGAGAUGUUGAUAGCUCAAGCAAUGCCGUCAUCGCAUAUUCUAUGUGUAAUUUAGUUUUUCAGUCUAUUGCAGAAGGAGACGCCAUUGUUUUGUCUGACCUUAGGAAAAUCGUCAAUGAUACUCAAUAUAUGCCUGAGAGCCCAAAAGAUAUAUGUAAAGCUCUUUUUGUGACAUGUCACAUGGAGUCAGGGAGUUGUUCAAGUAAAAUGUGUGAGAAAUCAGAAAAAUUAGCAAAAGAAAUUAACAGUAACCAUUUGAAGAUUCCCUUAUAUUGUAUUAUAAACACUUUCAUAAUGAUAUUGUCUUUUAUUAUUGGUGUAAAAUUAGACAAGAAAACUAGUAGUUCUGAUGAAAAAUCAGCACUAAAUGAACUCAAAGAGCAAGUGAAAUUGACCAUAGCAUAUCUCAUUGCUAAAUUAUUUUUAUCAUCAAAGGGAAAAUUUGGAAGCUUGCUAGUUCUGGGGUCAGGAAAUGCUGAUAAAUUUAUGUCAGGAAAUUUUGUAAAGUAUGGUAGUUCCUACGGUGAUAUAAGUUUGACGGGAGGAAUUCGAGAGUCGGACUUGGAGAACUUUUUGAGGUUUUCAAUUACUCACUUCAAAUUAAAUUCUUUAAAAAUAAUUUUAAACAUGCCAUGCGUUGAAAUACCAGAAAAAACAAUUUUUUGUAAGUCGUUAUGUACUCUAAAAGAAGUUGAAUUAUUUUCAAGCCUGAGAAAAGAAGGAUGUGGGCCAUAUUCUGCAUUUUUUCAAAUUGCAGGAAAACGUGGUGAGAAAAUCGAUUUAGACGAAAUAUUUGAAAGAGUAAAAAAUUUCUUUUCAUUAUAUUCUGAUCAUCAUCACAAAUUAUUUGCGAUUCCCCCCUGUUUUCAUUUCGGGUCGUAUGCAUCUGUAAAUGCAAAUUAUGAUCAACGGCAGAUUCUUUACAGCACCCAAUGGACAUGGCAGUUUCAAGCUAUUGAAAAUGAAAUUAAGAAUUUGAAACAUAGAAAUAGAAAUGAUUUAUGUGUUUAA